AAAUUAAACUCAAAAGAGAAAAUGUUCUAAAAUUUCCUAGGGUCUGGUAGGUUGGGUGAGCCCGUAGUUGAGAGGAAAUUAAAGUGUAACUUGUGUUGGAGGUGUCGUUCUUUAGUGUUCCAUUCAUAUCCUUAGAAAGCCGUAAAUUACUGCUUCAGAAGGCUAAGUAACUCUUCAAAAUGUCCAGUGAAUAUUCAAUUCAAGACCUGAUCGCUAAAAAGAGAGAUGGUGAUGAACUAAGCGAGCAGGAAAUAUAUCAUUUCGUAGAAGCGUCCUACUCUUCGAAUGGUGCGUCCGAUAGCCAGAUCGGUGCAAUGCUCAUGGCUAUGUACUUAAAGGGACUGAACCGCGAAGAAACGGUGAGCCUUACAAAAGCGAUGCUUUCGUCGGGCAGUUCCCUGACGUGGCCCGAAGAGUGGCAAGGAAGCGUGGCAGAUAAGCAUUCAACAGGAGGAGUGGGUGAUAAAGUGAGUCUAGCGCUCGCACCCGCCUUGGCUGCUUGUGGGGUUAAAGUGCCGAUGAUUUCUGGUCGAUGCCUCGGUCAUACUGGAGGAACUUUAGACAAAUUAGAGUCAAUACCAGGAUUUCAAGUGAAUCUAGAGUCUAAGCAGGUGUGUGAUGUGCUGGCAAAAGUUGGCUGCUGUAUUGUGGGACAGACGGAGUCACUGGUUCCUGCUGAUCGCGUUUUGUACCGUAUAAGGGAUGUUACAGCUACAGUGUCAUCAAUACCUCUGAUAUCAAGUUCUAUCUUCUCAAAGAAAGCUGCUGAAAACCCAUCAGCCCUUGUACUGGAUGUAAAAGUUGGCAAAGCAGCAUUUACAGUCACAAAGGAGAAGGCUCAGGUUCUUGCCCAGACUAUGGUUGGUAUAUGCCUUGGUUUAAGCAUCAAGGCAGUUGCUCUGAUCACCACCAUGGAUGCACCAUUGGGAAAAACUAUAGGUAACAGCGUGGAGGUUGCAGAAGCAAUCAGCUGUCUGAAUGGAAAGGGACCUGAAGAUUUGAAAGAACUUGUGUGUGAACAAGGUGGUUACAUACUUGAAGCACUAAACAAAGCAGAAUCACAGAAAACUGGCUUAAAACUCAUUGCAGAUGCACUGGAAAAUGGAAAAGCUCUUCAAAAAUUCUGUGACAUGCUGAAAGCACAAGGAGUCUCACCAGAUCUGGCUCAAAAUCUGUGUACCCCAGGUGCAGAUCUCUUCAGCAUCUUACCCCUUUCUUCCCAAAAGCUUGAGCUUGUUGUGGACAAGAGUGGAAUUGUAACUGGUAUUGAUGCUCUUGUCCUUGCAAAAGUGGGUCACAAGCUUGGUGCAGGGAGAAGUGAUGUGGGUGAUAAAGUUGAUCAUGGAGUUGGGUUUGUCCUUGAUGUGCGCAUAGGUCAAUUUGUUAAUAAAGGUGAUAGAUGGGUGAGUGUGUACCACAAUGGCAACCUUGCUGAUUCUCAGAUAGCUGACUUGAAGAGUGCUUUGAAGAUUGAAGAAAAUGGUGGCACCGCAGAUCUACCCAUAGCUUCAAGAAUCGUUGAUGUCAUUGACAGCCGAAGACGAAGUUCAAUUUUUGUAUGUCAGUGAAUCAGAAAAAAUUGUAUACUCAGUCCAGUAUACUUACAAGUCACUUCAUCACAAAUUAAAUGAAGGUUUACUUUUUCUUCUUUUUGGGAAGUUGUACAUGAUGUCAAGACAUUCAUAAAAAAAUUGUUCAUAAAUUUACCCUUUCACUCCCAGGGGUGACCAAGCAAGGAUUUUCCUCUCAUAACAUUCAUACAUUUUAAAGCAGAAAAGUGAUGAAAAGUGGAAAAAUUAUUAACACAAAGGAUAUUGUGUGAUUGAUCACUGAAUUCUCUGAUCUCAAAUUAAAGGUGAUGAGUGAUAAAUAGUGAGGGUAAUUAAUUUUUAGAUCUUUGGAGUAAAAAUGGCUAACUUUUUCUUUGUAGAAAAUUGUCAAAAAAUUAUUCAUUUGUGCUUAAGUGUUCCGAAUAGUAUCUUGGUAAAUAUGUGAAUUUUUCAGUCUACUGAAAUAGCUUCAUUGAUCAUCAGCAUUCACACAAUUUUGCAGUAUAAGAGAAAUACACGGGUUCAUCUCUCCUUAAAGCAUCUGUCAAAUAGAUAGUCAAAAGGCCAGAAAAUUGAAGCUAGUGCUUUAAAAAAAGCUACUGACUUGAACAGUUCUUGACAAGUAUUUCACAUUAGGUUAAACACUUUUCUAAAAAUACUCAAGAAACAAAUUUAAUAAUGAAUAAAGUGCAACCAUCAGUGUUUAGAUACUGGUAUACAUAUCUUUCUGUAAGGUAUUUUGAAAGAGUUCCUUCACUCCUUGUCUGAUCUUAAAAUAUGAGUGAUGUUUGCUUUAAUUUGGAACCUAACUCAUUAAUAAGGAGCAAAUUUUUACUUGUUUAAUUACAGAAAAAUUAAAUGCAGAGUAAUAUAUGGGGUAAACAUAAUCACAAUCUUUAUGCAAAUCAAUUUCCUUCCCAAACAUUAAUUUUUCAAGCUCAUUUUUGGUUUAUAAUCUAAGUGAUACUUCUAUUGGUAAGUAUUGUAAUUAUAAACUAUUGCAAUAGUUGGGCAUAUUAUUUGCUUUAGGAUGGGAGUGUGACAAUCUAAUAAAGUUGAAAUACAA